GAGCGUUUCGGCUCAGGUGCUCACAUUCUCCUCAAGUUCUCUGUUAAAGUUAGACUUUUCCUGAGUUAGCUGGCAGUUUCCGCUGCCAGGCGAGAGAGAAUAAUGUGACUGAAACCGUUUCAUAUCGAGCCCGUUGGAGUUUUCGAAGAAAAGGGUGAAGAGAAGAAGUUUCUGGUUCGACCUCAGUUCACCUGAGGAAAGAUGGAUCGAGUUUCUCAUCGAGAGCCGAAGAUUUAAGUUUCCCGGAACAGGUGUGACGACGAAUGAAGGGGAGAUGGGGUGCUGGGGGUGGUGCUACCGGAACUGCACCUGCUGCUUGUCCGAGGAUGAAAAGAAGUCAGUCGCCAUAGACAAUGAAAUAAGACGGAUCCUCGCAGAACAGAAAAAGAGAGAGCGCCGAGAGAUAAAGGUGCUUCUGUUAGGCACUGGAGAAAGUGGGAAAACCACUUUUAUCAAGCAGAUGAGGAUCAUCCAUGGAAAGGGUUACACGGAGGAGGACAGACGCACCUUCACCAAACUGGUUUUUCAGAAUAUCUUCACAGCUAUGAAGGCCAUGACAGGAGCCAUGUCAGCCCUUAGGAUCCCCUAUGCCAACCAACAGAAUGAGAUGUAUGCUCAGUGGUUCCAAGAAGUAAUCACACAUCAGGUGACACAGCUGGAGCGAAGAUAUGUGGAUGCUAUUCAGCGUCUGUGGGCAGACUCCGGUCUUAAAAUCUGCUACAGUCGCCGAAGAGAAUACCAACUACUGGACUCCACAGAGUACUUCAUCACCAAUCUAGACCGCAUCGCAGCCCCAGAUUACAUCCCAACAUUCCAGGAUGUGCUGCGGGUGCGUUUUCCAACCACCGGCAUCAAUGACUACUCUUUUGUAGUGGAGAGGAUCACACUCAGGAUUGUGGAUGUCGGGGGACAGAAGUCAGAGAGGAGGAAAUGGAUCCAUUGCUUUGAGAACGUGACGUCGCUCAUCUUCCUGGCCUCGCUCAGCGAGUAUGACCAGGUCCUGGAGGAGAACAACAGCGAUAAUCGUAUGGAAGAGAGUCUGACGCUGUUCUACACCACCAUCCACUCACCCUGGUUCGCCAAUUCCUCUAUCAUUCUCUUCCUCAACAAAAUGGACAUCCUAGCUGAGAAGAUCAAGACAUCAGACCUGCAGGAUUACUUCUCCAACUUCACAGGCAAGCGUCGGGAUGCAGAUGCCGCCAUGAGUUACAUCCGUAACAUGUAUACCCAGCAGGCCUUGAGCCCUGAGAAAAAGAGCAAAAGUGUCUACUCUCACUUCACCUGCGCAACAGACACCAACAACAUCCGCAUGGUCUUCAGUGACGUUAAGGACACUGUGCUGAUCAAGUCUCUGCAGGAGUAUGGGGUGCUGUGAGCAGCCCAGGCCACUGAAGGCCUCCCGUUAUCACUAAAUGCUGCGGACAAACCAACUAACCUUUUCCAUUUUGGUGUAGUCCAUAUUUUUCUUGUUUUGGGUGGUAAAGAUGGUACUCCAGAUGUCUUCUAGCAAAAAUCACUCUGCCCUGGUAUGAUUUAGUUAAACAUGCCAGAAGAGAUCAUUACAUGGGCUCCUAUAUCUCCAGCCAUUCAACACCAUCACAAAAUAUACAUUUUUUCUUUUUGAUUUCUCCUUUUGCUUCUGCAUUAGAUGCUGAUACAGGGCAUGAUGGUGGUGAAGGUGGUCAAUGCCUACAGAGGGAGGAGUGUUCACUGUAGAUGUGGAUUGAUCCACAUAGUUGGCAAAAAAACUUUCCUUACUGAUCAUUUUAGAAUGAAGGAAAAUGUUUUCCUGAAAAACUCCUCUGAGGUAUAGAACUGGAAGGCUAAAACCCAUUCCAUAGUUGGGACAAGCACCCAAAAGGAGUCCUACUUGCAUGGUAAAUUCACUUUUUAAUGAUAUAAAUUAUCUUAUAGGAUUGUAUUAUUAUGAAAGUGCAGAUGUCUCCUGAAAGCCUUUGUAUAUCACAUAGUAGUGCUGAACAGUAUUAUAAAGUUAAAUAUCAAUCUAUUUUGUAAAUAUGCCAUGGUAUCAUGAGAACAGAUGAUAAAAAAAGUUUGCAGUAAAAAUGAAUGAAUUCAUGUAAAUGAAGUACUGCUACACUAUUACAAACUUAACAUUGCUUUUUUUGACUGGACUGUUUAGUCCUGUUCUGCUUCUUCUCAGAUUACACCAAAUAGAACCUUACACUGUAUUAUAAACAAUAACCAGACAGAAAAUACAUUUCCACAAAGGAAAAUUUUUUCCGUAAAGGAAACAAGUUUUUUUUAUGUAUUUUAAACUUGUCUGGUAAAACAGUCUGAAACACUGGGCAAAUGAAAGUUGAUGUUGUGAUACCAGUUCAGUUUCUAGUGGGCAUCUCAAGAAUUUAACUCUCUUGCUUUAACUCUCUCCAUUGCCAAAUGGAGGGUUGUCCACUGUAUAAACACUGUGUUGCAAAUCAGCUAGUCGAACCAGUGGUAAAGUGCUUUGUAACUCCACCCUGGCCUGCUCUACUGAUGACAGACAGGCAGCAUGCUUCGCAUGACCAUGCAACCUUGUGCUGCGUCUGUUAAAAAUGACAUACAAUUGUUUUUACAUUCUCAGAAGAAUGCCUUUUUAUGUUUUCAAGAUUUCAUGACCUUUUAAAUAUGAUAAUUACAGUAAUUGUACAUAGGCAACUUUGGUUUAUUAAGUUUUUAUCAUCGUAAUAACAACAAUCACUGUAAUAUCCCACAAGAUCGGAAGUCGGAAGUGUCAGGAAUUUGUGACUCAGUAGUUUGAUUGUGGGUAAGUGGGGAUUUUUACCAAACGUGGUUCCGGGUUAGUUAGCAAUCACAAAGGUUUUCAGGAAACACUCACAAAACUAGCACAUGUUGUUCAUGAAACAAUUUAUUACGGGAAACUGUUCAGAAACCCUGUUCAGAAACUGUUUAGUCACUCUUCACUGUCUUGAAGGAAUGUUGCAUAUCUGAUACACUGUGCUUCUGGUGCCACUUGGGUUGUUGGUUCACUUGUGCAAUGCCAGGUAUGUGACUUCAGGCCAGACUGAAACACUUUAACUCAUUUGUGUAGUCUUUAUUUUAAUCAUUCUUGUAGUUGAUUUCUAUGUAAUUGUGUGUAAAUUCUUAUUUAUCUUGUGGUCUUAGGUGCUCAUAAUCAGUCGUUAGUAUGUGGUGUCAUAUAAGCAAGACACAUGGAAAUUAAAUAGGUUUAUAAGGAGAUUAGGUCCAGUGUUAUUGUAAAAUAUUGAUAUAUUUAAUAAAAUGAAAAAGAUAUUUAAAAUAACACAACCUGCAGCAUCUUAACAAAGUUAAGAAUCAUUUGGUUCGCUGUCUGCCCUCAGUUGAAGGAGGAAUGUUUUUGUUUUUUAUGGCAUGAAGGAAUUAACCAAGGCCUAAGUGGUUUUUAUUGCUUAGUAAGUAUAUGUAUGUAGGGCAUCAUGGGGCUCAACAUGUCCAACAGUGAAGCACCACUGAGCUUAUUUAUCCACUGUAUCUGCCAAUGUCACUAGCCACAGUCCGUCAGUAAGUUCUGCAGUUGUCAAAUCAGUUCAGUAAUCGGAAAGCUGAUAUUUUUAACAUAAUGAAUAAAGCAUAAAGGUUUAAAUCAUUCAUUAAAUUGUAAUUUAAGGCAGAUUUUGUCAGAAAUAAUCCAGUGUUUUUACUAAAAGUACCUUGUCUGGGGUGAUAAUGGUCAGGACUAAGCUCCCCUUGUCCCUUUAGAGUCAGUACUAUAUUUUCAGCAGCAAAAUAGUGCAUUGUGUAACGUGUAAAACAAAAUAUAUAAAGAAAUAGUUAAACCUAGAUCAUUAGACGGAUACAGAUCUGACAUGUCAGUAUGCUGCUUAGUUGUAGGGUUAAUUCAUUGGAUACAACUGCAAAUAUUAACAUUAUUUUCAUUAUUUUCAUUUUCAUACAUUAGUUUCAUUAUUAAUAGGCAAAUGAUUUUCUUGCUACAUGAUUUAUAAGGGAAAAUGAAAAACUAAACAGAGAUGUACACUACAAGUACAUCUUAAUCCAUUUAAUACAGAUUGUUAAGAUCUAAACAAAGCCUUUCGGAGUGGUUUGACGUGAAAUUAUACAUUUUAGAGGAGCUUCCCAAAUCAGAAUUGUUCACAGUGGUGGAACCAGACAUCUGAGUCAUUGAAUGUCUCUAAAAGAUGCCUCAUAGAAAGCUAUUACAUCACAUGAUUGUGAUUACACUGCUUGAUCUUCGAGGCAUUGUUUUACGAUAGAUUGGACAUAAGAUUUCAGCCUAAAAUAGGAUAUUACAAAUAUUUUAUAUUUGUAAGGCAAAGUUUAUAUUAUUUAUAAUAUAUUAUUAUUAUAGUAUAUUAUUUGAUCACUAAUUUAACUAUUUAACGUCAAACCACUUUGAAUUACUUGUUCAAAUGCUGAAUUAUGCAGAAAUCUCCCUUUAAAUAACCAUCUAUUGUGGUAUUUUCAAGCAAAAAGUCUGAAGUGCUGACAUUUUAACUUUAAUCGUUGUAAAUAAUCACCUUAAAAUGGAAGUUUUAUUCAGAGCUGCUCAAGCAGAGAGUUGCGUUGUUAGUCAUUUGUGGUGUAACAGGACACCAGUGUUUACUAUUAUGAAACUAGACUAUGUUAGACUAGCGCAAACUCUUGUAUGUUAUAAAGAUGAAAAGGUAGAAAGUGUUAUUACCUCUACUCUUGACCAAGUUUAAAGCAGAUAGGUGAUGUUAGCAUUGCAAAACAAUGAGUCAUGAGUCACGCUGCCUCAGUGUAGUGCUUAUUAAUAGUCAUAUUUUAGUCUUUUGUAUUUUCUUUUCAUGCAUCAGGUUGUCCUUUUUUUCCUAAGACACUUCAUCUCCCUUUCACUCCUUCUUCUGCUGUUCUCCUCACAGCCAAGCCCACGUGCCCACACUUCACAUCUGACAUCCAAAUGAGGAGAAAUGUAAUCAUAAGACUGAAUUCAAGCACUCAAAUUACUCAAAACAGAGGAAGAAAGACUAGUUCAGAUGGUGGUUGGCCAGUUUACUGAAAGCAGUACAUUUUAUUUACUUCUGAUACUUUGUUCUUUGGUGAUUUGUAUUGUAUAUUUGGAAUUUGUUUUGUGUUUUUGUAUAUGUAAGCUUUAGAUGAACACUGCUUACAGGACACUUGAUGAAGAUGAAAUCGUGGCUCCUUUUUUCCUGUAUAAAUAUCUGAGAAAAAGGAAAUAAACUGUUAAGGGCUUUGUAUCACAA